UGAAGAUGAAAUAACUAGGCGUGGUCCUGCUCAUGGUUUUUCGAAAAAGAAAAUGGAGGACAGCAAUAGCCUGAAGAAAGGUAAAAGAACUCAAGACGGACGACGACGACGCGCUAAGGACACGACCUGCGAAGGUGAUCAGGAGCUGUUGUCAGAAGAACACGUUACUACAGUUGCCGACAAGAAGAAAAUGCGAGUUGUUCGAGAGACCCCUUUGGAGCCUGAUGAAGCAGUCGAAGCGAGGAUUAUGCUAAAGGCGAUGGAUAUUGACGAGAACGCUUUUGUCGGCAGCCAGAUUUGGGAUGCGCAUCAGCGAUCCUUUGUGAAAGAGGAUCCCGAGAAUAAAGUGAAGGAACUCAUAGCAUCCUCAGCUGCUUCGCAAACUACUAGUACUACAACUACGACGUCAUCCACACAGGCGAAGCACUCCUCCAACAGCAAAGAAC